AUUUAUUUGCGUUACUUUUGGGUUUUGUUGUUUUGAUGCCGUCACUGCUAAAGCGGCUCAAGCAGACAACGGCCGGGUCGGACGCGCGGCCGCUGCCCGGGACUGGCGCAGGCACACCCCACGACCCGUGUGAGCUGCCCGGGAAGCCACUCGGCGGCGGCAGUGUCGAGCACGGCGCGAUCGGAGUUUGCUCGGCGGUGACGUUCAGCACCACGACCACUCCUUCCGCGGCUGUAGCUUCGUCCUGCGCGUCGCUCGGCCACUGCCAUUCGCAUACACUGGUUGCCGUGUGCACCUCUCACCUGGCCAUCCAAGAUCCGGCGGGUUCCGUGGCGCAUUGCGGGCAGGCCGUCCUUGCCAGCCACGAGUGCGGCGGCCAAGCUAUUUUUGUCUUGCCGCAAGGUGCAGGUCAUCAUCUUCACCAGAUGCACCACCACCACCGACCUUCCGCUGCGGGAAACAGUGCGUUGGACACGAGUGUCGAACAUGCGCGCUUCUGCGAGGGCUGCGCAGACCCAGCGCAUGUAGAGUGGCAUUCUCGCGGCGGCGCGGCUGAGGUUUUUGGCACUGCGCCAAUCAAGACCGUCGCUGCUGCCGAGGCACCGGGGUCGUCGCCGUGCGAGGCUGCAGAUGCACUGCCACACGGCUCACGUCCAAGCAUCCUGAAGCGGACGCUCCGGCGAAUGAGCAAGCACGCGCGCGGGAGUGUCAAGCAGCUUGCAACCGCCAAAACUGGUUCAAAACUGGACUUCUCAGACACGCUGCGGGAAGGCUCCGACGACGUUCCUGGAACAAGUAGAUGCGCAAAUCCGUCAGACCGCCAGUCGCAGACAGUUGCAAAGGUAGCCACACCAUUUCCUCCAGCUCCGCUCGGGUUUUUCGCCCGACUCACUCGGCGCAAGGCAAGCAUCACAUCCUUGUCGAGCUUGUCGUCGAGUGGCUCGUCGCUGUCACUCGCCUCGCAGGCAUCCUCAGUCUCCACAUCGACACUGUCCGCAUCCUCCAAGCUUGGCAAGCUGUUUGAGAGCUAUUCCGAUCCCGACAAUCCGACUCUCAUCACCGAUGCAGGCGCAGAGCUGCUUUGCAGUGAUUUGGGUCUAUCCCCGACGGAUUUUCGCGUGAUUUGGCUCGCGUGGAAGCUCCGGGCCACCACCCUAUCGCGCAUCACCCGCUCGCAGUUUGUCGACGGUCUGUCUGCGCUUGGUGUUGAAACGAUUGCGACUCUCCAAACCUUGCUCCCAACGCUCGUGGACGAGACGGCCGACGUUCACAGCUCUGCCUUCCGCAGCCUCUACAUGUUUACGUUCAACUUUGGCGUGGACUCGGAGCGCGGGGCCCGCACACUUGAUAUCAACGUUGCCCUCGCGCUGUGGUGGCUCGUUUUCACGGGCAAGCGCGAGUCGAUGGCCGUAUUUCCGCGGUGGAUUGCAUAUCUGAUGGGCUUUGACUUGCACAGCAGCUCCGAUGCCAUGGCCGCUCUGGAGCGCAGAGUCACUGGUUCCUCCGAUGAGUCGUCGGAUUCCAGUUCCAUGCUGGCAGGAGACACUUCUGGCUGCGUUUCCGAGACCGACACUGUCACCGAGGACAAUCCCGAUGCAGCAGCGUCGUCCUUCAAGCAUCCAGACCCUGCUCCGGUGCGCACACCACCCGUCCGAGGCAUUUCGAAAGACUGCUGGGCCCAGUUUCUGGAUUUUGCCCUCAGUACGACCGACUCGGACUGCACCGGGUUUGACGAGUCUGAGGCGUGGCCAACGCUGAUCGACGCGUUUGUCGCUGCCAUCCGAAGUUGUCGAGUCGAGUGAAAAGGCACUUCCCUCCCAUUGUGAAAAGUGAAAUCGAACACACGUCGGCCAUCUUCUGAUUGUCUGACUUGUCUGUACAUUGAGUUAGCGCUGUCAAAUCUUUGUUCUCGUUUUUUUUUUUUUUGUUUUUUUGUACUUGCUUUUUGUAACAACAAAUCUCUUCUCCACCCA